AUGCUUUCUGCUGAUCGAGCUGAGCCGGAGCGAGCGAGCGAGCAGCCACGAAUCUGGUCGACAUACAUCUCAGUUACUUUUUAUUUGAUUUACUAUGGCGAAUUCUACAGCAUUGAACAGGGAAACUUUGUGCUAGAGAACGAUGUAGAUUUGGCUAAUAUUGUUGCAGAGUAUGAUACAAUCAUUGCAUUUAGCGUGACAAAAUGGGUUCACCUCAAUUUCGGCGAUCCAGGUCUUAAACGUUUCUUCAAACGCGUUUAUCAAUCCUUACUUCCAGGCGGAAGUUUCUUGCUUGAACCACAGCCAUGGUCAAGUUAUCGAUUGAAACGUCGUAUGACGAAAGAACUCACGGAAAUGUAUAAUCAGAUAGAAUUCAAACCAACGGAAUUUGUAUCUUAUCUGCUCUCGACUGAAGUCGGCUUCGAAACGUGCACGACAAUAGCAACACCAGAUAACACUCAUAAAGGUUUUCAACGAUCGAUGUUUUUAUUUGUAAAAUCAGCAAGUACUGUUGACCAAUGA